AUGGAGAACGCAGCGCGUAAGAGUGAGAGCGACGAUGAGAUGAUCACGAUCUCAGACGAUGAGAUGGAGGUGAUAACAAUUGCUGAUGACGAGAUGAAGGUCGUCACAAUCUCCGACGACAGCGACAGCGACAGCGAUGUUGCGAUGUACGACCCCGACUAUGACAGGGAGGUGAAUAUCGUCUUAGACGAUAUUGAGGAGAUGGAGGUCGAUAUCGUACCCAUCGUUGAUGAAGACCAAGAAGAGGAUGAUGAUGAUGACGAAGAAUAA